UCGUAUACGAGAAUGAAGAAGAUACUAUAAUUAGAGAAGAAAUUGAAGCUAUAAUUAGGAAAAAUAUAAUGAAUGAAGAAUUAGAAAGUGCUGAUGAAGAAGAAGCAGAUUUCACCGCCGAGCAAGAGGGUAGACCUGAAGGGUUAUAA